AUGGCCCGGGACGAUGAGCGUGAGGAGCGCGACCGCGAACGCGGUGACCGAAAGGAGAAGAAGGAAAAGAAGAAGAGGCGAAGCGCGUCCUCGGAAUCUGCCGAACGAAGCCGGGAGCGCGAGAAGCGACGCCGUAAGCAGCAGCAGCAGGUGGUCAACAAGAACAGAAAGGCUGGCGAAGGAGGCGUAGGUGGACAGAGUAUGUUUUGGGAUGGCUUCCAAUGGGUGCCAAGGGCCGACACGGGAAUUACCAAUGACAUCAACGCCUCGCGCAAGAACAGGCGUUUGUACCUGGGCAACUUGCCAUACCACCUGGGCGUCACCGAGGACUCCUUUUCCAAGCAGCUGUACGAGACGAUGCGUGAUCGAAGCAUGUGCAACGAUCCGAAUCAGAACCCUGUGCUGCACGUGUGGUUCGCGCGUGACAAAGGCGCCAACUACGGUUUCUGCGAGAUCGCGUCUCAGGAAGAGACUGAAAGGGCUUUACAGCUGGAUGGCAUGUUGGUACUGGGAGUGCCCGUGUCCAUCAAGCGGCCCAACGAUGCCGUCAGCCCAUUAGGAAUGAUUGGUGGAGUUCCAGUGGGCAUGCAGAUGCCUGGCCAGGGAGGCAUGUUGGCCUUACCUUCAGCACAGGUCUCUUGGCCGACUGCAAAGGCAGCCGAAGCCGGGAAGUCUCAUUGGACUUGA